UGGUAUCCCCUUGGAUUUGAAAAAUUUGUCAACAAGGAGAAGCCUUGUCAAGUAUCGAUUCUAGGUACUUCAGUCGUCCUCUGGUACGAGAACACUUCCUCGUCCUGGCGUGCAGCUCUGGAUCGCUGCCCUCAUCGACUGGUCAGACUGAGUGAAGGACGAAUCGAUCCUGUUUCAGGUAACAUCAAGAGUACGUGGGAUAGCUCACACAUAACAGGAAACAUUGAGUGUCCCUACCAUGGAUGGAAAUUUCGCGCGCAUGACGCGGUCAAAGGGUCCUGUACUUGCAUUCCGCAAUCCAAAGAUGAAGCGAAACUAGAGCGAGCGCCCUCAAGGCUUAUCACUCUUCCUGUUCAGUGCAGAGAUGGGAUGAUAUGGUGUUGGACGGCAAGACUGAUGGGUAGCGAGGCCGAACCGGACCCUUCCAAACUGAGCGCCAUGCUGCUCGAUCGCAUAGGAGCCCCUGGAAUCAUGCAUGUCGAUUACUUCCGAGAUCUUCCCAUGGAUGCAACCAUUCUCAUGGAAAACGUGCUGGAUCCGUCUCAUCUCCCCUUCACCCAUCACAGGACGAUCUCGCGAAGGGAAAGAGCAUCUCCACUGACUCUGGCCAUGAAGCAAACUGUGAGCCCUUCUGGUUUCUCGGCGACAAAGACGGCAGGGGAUACACUCAAUACGUCGAAGACCGGAGGGAGCGUGGAAUUCAUUGCUCCCAACACAGUGAUAUCUGCCACCAACCGAAAGCAGUCGUUCUCAGACUGGAACGUGGUUUAUGCUGUUCCCCAAUCUCCUGGAUUGUCGAGAAUCUAUGUCAGAAUCGUUUUUGAAACUGCAAAGAUGCCUUUGCCCCUCAGCCUUAUAUUCAAGUUUGCCUUUUCUCUCCCGUCCUUCCUUCUCCACUUGAACAACCACAAGAUCCUUGAAGAUGAUAACGUGUUCCUGCACUUUCAAGGGAAGUUGUUGCAAGGAGAGGCCCGCUUUCGGAGGGGAAAUCUUCUUUCUCCAGACUGGAAGACAAGAUUCUUCCUUCCGACGAAGAGUGACACUUUAGUCAGUGCCUUUCGUCAAUGGCUCGACAAGUACACAGGGGGGGAAGGAGCCAGUUGGUCACCGUAUGCGACGGAGUCGAAUUCCAAUCAGUUGGCUUGGAGGCAUGAGGAGCUCGUAGAGAGGUUUCAGCGACACACGAAGAAAUGUCAAAAGUGCUUACAAGCAUUCAAA